AUGGGUGUCCAGAAGAAGACCCGCAAGUUCGCCGAGGUCAAGCGCGUCAUCGGCAAGAACGAUGCCCGUCGCAAGGAGAACCUCGCCAAAGCCGAAGCCCUCGCCAAGGCCGAGAAGGCCAAGAAAGCCGGCCCCGACGGCGAGCUCGUCCGCGCCGUGCCCCAGAUGCCCUCGCAGAUGUUCUUCGCCGCCAACACGUCCCUCGUGCCCCCCUACAGCGUCCUCGUCGACACGUCCUUCUUCAGCCGCACCGUCCAGAUGAAGCUGCCGCUGCUCGAGACCAUGAUGGACUGCCUCUACGCCACUUGCACGCCCAUCGUCACCGACUGCGUCAUGGCCGAGUUGUCCAAGCUGGGCCCCAAGUUCAGGCUCGCUAUGCGCGUCGCAAGGGACGAGAGGUGGGAGAAGGCGAGGUGUACGCACAAGGGUGUUUACGCAGAUGACUGUAUCGUGGACAAGGUCCAGAAGGACAGAAUCUACAUUGUUGCAACACAGGAUAAGGGUCUGCAGUCCCGCAUCAGGAAAAUUCCUGGUGUGCCCAUCCUCAAGGUUACAAGAGGGAAAUACAUCAUCGAGAGGCUACCGGGUGCGCCGGACUCAUAG